CGUCACCCACAGAUUGCAUCAACGACAGUCGACAGCAGCAGCAGCAAGUGCAGAAAGAAAAAAAGCGAAUCCCAAAGAGGUUGGCAAUCACAACAUUACCAAUUAUUUUCACUUCCCUCUGUUAUCGUUGCAUGUGAAUCCUCAGCCGCUUCCUGACGAAGCCAAAUCAUCCGAUUAUCUACGAAAGGGGUGAGCAAACGAAGAGGAAGAUAACAUAUGUGUACAGUGUUUCAAAUUCGGUGGUGUUCGCUGCUGCUUUCCGAUCCAAAAUAUCGAUUUUCGCAGCGAUCUAACUCGGUUGGAAGAUGUAGCUGCAUGGAAUAAUCAGGCGUACAAAGAGAAACACAUUUUCGUUCCAGCAGACAACGGGAUUUUUUCGAGCGGAUAGUGCUAAAUGGAAAGAAACCCGACCGGAGUGUUGCGGCGAGUGAUUUUUGGGUGAACGCAAAACGUAGGCAGACAAAGCAAACUGCAGGAAGAGGAUGUUUACUCGACUGAGAAAUCGUGUGCUGACCGUAGUAGGCCCGGACAUUCCAGCACUUCCGUCAAGCGGUGGGGGAAGCAGCGGGGGAACUCAUCAUGGCAGCCGUGACGGAUACGAUCACGGCGGAAAAGGAAAUCUACCAGAAAAAUUUCGUUACGCUCGACCACAGUUCUUGCAACUGUUAACGUACGACGAGUUAAAGGCGAGUGCCGACCACAACGUUCGACCGAUCAUCGUACCCCGGGACCUUUCACUGUUACCCUGGAAUACGGGCUAUGCCGAGUGCGUCAAUUCGGGCAAAUCAGAGUGGAACGAGGACCAAGCUGCCUUCCACCGGCAGGUCCUAUCGCACCCAUCCAAACAGUAUCACGACCUGCCGUACACGUACUUUGGCAUCUACGAUGGGCAUGCCGGGUACGGAGCAGCUUUGGCAGCUUCCAAUCAAUUCCAUCAUAUUUUGCACGAGAAACUUGUGGAUAUCAUCGAUCUUCUAAUGCCUCGGGUCGAAGGAAAUGAUUCAACAGCUACCGGAGCAGGAGUUGGACUCAAUGCAAUCUUGCCUCACCCCAUACUGUUCCACAAACAAGUCUCCAAAGAUGAACUAAUCGUGGGCGCUUUGGAGGCAGCAUUCGCUGAUAUGGAUGCUGUCCUGGCAGAAGACCGUGACAAGUAUCGGAACGCCGGAGGCUGUACGGCACUCGUUGCAUUGUUUAUCCUCGGGAAACUGUUCGUCGCAAAUGCUGGUGAUUCGCGGGGUAUUCUUUGUAAGCGAGUUAGUCAAAAGAAGCUGCCCAAUCUUCGACCUCCAAGCAUUCACGAGGACAGCAUAAAUGGUGAUGUAAACACGGAAGAAGAAGAAGACGACGGGUACGUCGUGUACGCUGAACCCUGCUCAUUUGAUCAUACUCCGGAGACCGAAAGGUUAAGGCUACUGUCGGUCGGAAAACUCAACCCCAAUCUGAUGGGAGGCGAAUACGUGGCUAUGGAAUAUGCAAAAAAGCCGAUGACUAAAGAUCUUGGCACUCGCAUCCUCUACCGACAGGGAACUAUGAAAGGCUGGACCUACAAAACGUUGACACGGAGUGACCUGAAGAUGCCGAUCGUCACGGGUGAAGGAAAGCGAAGUCGCCUCCUGGGGACAAUUGGUGUUACUCGAGGCUUCGGAGAUCAUGAUUUGAAAGCGCUUGGAAGUGGUCUACCGAUUAAACCAUUCCUCAGCUGUCACCCGGAUGUGGUUUGCAUUGACCUUAGCUCGAUAGAAACUGAUCCCGAGGCCGACAACUGCGACGGUGACUAUGGUGUGCUGGUAAUGGCUACCGAUGGUCUGUGGGACGUUACAUACUCCCAAAAGGUCGCAAACACUGUCUUUACCACGUUGAAAAAAUUCCCGACGGAGCGACACCGGUACACAAUGGCCGCCCAAGAGUUGGUAGCAAAGUCCCGGGGUCGCGCAAACAUUAAUGGACACUGGCGACUAUCGGAUUCCCGUGCGGCGGCUACCGUGGACGACAUAUCGGUCAUUGUGAUCCCAGUUUACCAGUACUAUCUCGAGUAUCUCGAAUGGAAAAGCUUGCUGCAGCGACCGAAACCGACGGCAGGGAUUGUUACUGCCGCUGGGGUCCGAGCGGCAGCAACUACGGGAGAAGCUGUGGCUUCCAAAUCCGAUCCACUGGAGGAUGUAAACGGCGUGCUCAGGGAGGCGGAAAUCGAUGACAACCUAUUUGCUCCCGCGUCAUCAGAGCUGUUACCGUCCGAAGCGACAGAUGUCGUCCCAAGUGAUGUCAGCUUGCCAGUGGCUGCUACCGAUUAGGAGUUGAAUUACUAUUAUUUUUUACUUAAUUACGUUCCCAGAAUGUAUGCUUUUGGCGAUUUCAGACGUGAUUUUAAUUUUAUUCCAUCAUAGAAACGAAACAAACGUAAUAUAGUUAUUAGUAUCUUAUAGAGUCAGAAACAAAGCCGAGAUAAUUUAUGGAAGGAUCAAGAAAAUAGCACUAAUAUAGUAAAUCUAAUCUUUGAACACUUGGAAAUACCGCAACAGACAACCAGUAAGCUAAUGUUCGCUCAUAAAACCAAUAAAAAUAGCAAAAUAAAAAGUUAUUUAAAGUCCUUA